GUUAGAUUUCGAUAAGUAUACCGACCUUAAACUGAAGCUAAUGCUGUUCUAUUGACGACACAAAAGUAACAAUGUCGUCUGCACCAAUUGCAGAGCGAAAUCAGGAUGCUACAGUUUAUGUUGGUGGUCUUGAUGAAAAAGUUCAAGAAAAUAUUCUUUGGGAGCUCUUUUUACAAGCAGGACCUGUUGUCAAUGUACAUAUGCCUAAAGACAGGGUUACACAGUCACAUCAAGGUUAUGGAUUUAUUGAAUUCAUGAGUGAGGAAGAUGCAGAUUAUGCUAUUAAAAUUAUGAAUAUGAUUAAGCUGUUUGGUAAACCCAUCAGAGUCAACAAAGCAUCUGCACACACUAAAAGACAAGAUAUUGGUGCCAAUAUUUUCAUUGGUAAUUUAGACCCUGAAGUUGAUGAAAAAUUGUUAUAUGACACAUUCAGUGCAUUUGGUGUUAUUUUACAAACUCCCAAGAUCAUGAGAGACAGAGAUUCUGGAAACUCUAAAGGAUAUGCCUUCAUAAACUUUGCCAGCUUUGAAGCUUCAGAUGCUGCCAUAGAAGCUAUGAAUGACCAGUAUCUGUGUAACCGUGCCAUUACCAUUUCAUAUGCUUUUAAAAAAGAUGCUAAAGGGGAAAGAUGUGGCUCAGCAGCAGAGCGUUUACUAGCUGCACAGAACCCGUUGUCUCUGACUGGAAGGCCUCAUCAGCUGUUUGCUGAUGCUCCACCACCACCCUCACAAUCCAUGCCUGGUGUACCGGGUGUUCUUGUGCCCCCACCACCACCUCCUAUGGGACUUACGCCAGGAAUGCCACCCCCUGUGCCAGGGAUGGGCUCAAUGCCACCUAUGGCCCCACCUCCACCAGCACCUUCACCCAUGCAGCCUCCAGGACCACCAGGUAUGCAGCAGAACUACUCAAUGGGAAUGCAAGGGAUGCCUCCACCUCCUAUGCCCCCUGGUCAAAAUUAUCAGGGCAACCAGAUGCCACGUCCUCCUCCUCCUCCUAUGCCAGGAACAGUGGACUAUAGUGGUCAAAUGAUGAAUAAUAAUAUGAAUCCUCAAAUGCAAGGCAUGCAGGGUAUGCCACCUGGUCAGAUGGGAGGCAUGAACUAUGGCAUGAGGCCUCCACCUCCUGGCUGGAGAGGUCCCAUCCCACCUCGGGGACCACCAAUGGGUUUUGGUCCACCUGGCAAUAUGAGAGGCCCAGGUCCUAUGAGAGGACCAAUGAACAACAUGCAGAUGAAUGGCCCACGUGGUCCCAUGCCUCCACGGGGAAUGAGGGGACCACCACCUGGCAUGAGGCCACCCCCUCCAAGGUUUGGUGCUAAUGGGGAAAUGAGCAGUUCUGGUAACAUUGAGUAUUAAUUCCAUGAAGGCAGCUGUUGGAUGUUUAACUAAUAACCAUAGGGUUCAUUCAUCAAUCAUUUGCUAGACUCCCAUUGGUUUCAGACUAAACUAUUACAAUUUUCAUUCCUUAGAAAAUUGGGACAUGUCAUGAGUGUAGCUGUAAUAUUUUUGUAAAUAAAUGUUUUUAUG